CACCCACGCGAUAAUGCUAUCAUGAAGCUCUCGGCAGUUUCGCUCGGCCUUCUGGCCAUUUUGACGCCGUUGACGGCAGCGUGGACGAAAGAAGACCGUGAAAUCUUCCGCGUCCGCGACGAGUUGAUUGCCCACGAGGGACCGGACGUCACUUUCUACGACUUUCUCGGCGUCAGCCGGUCGGCAAGCCACGAGGAGAUCAACAAGGCGUACAAGAAGAAAUCGCGGCAGCUCCAUCCCGACAAGGUCAGGCAGCAAUUGACGGCCGAACGCGCCAAAGCCCAGAAGGAGAAGAACAAGCAGAACAAGGGCAAACCGGGGGUCCAUGUGACGACGAAGCCGCCGACCGCCGCCGAGAUCAAGGCCGCCAUCAAGCGUGCCUCAGAGCGCCAAGCCCGCCUCUCCAUCGUCGCCGACAUCUUGCGCGGCCCGGGCCGUGACCGUUACGAUUACUUCCUCGCCAAUGGAUUCCCCACAUGGAAGGGCACCGAGUACUACUACAGCCGCUACCGCCCCGGUUUGGGCACCGCCAUGGUUGGUGUGUUCCUCUUCGCCGGCGGUGCGGCGCACUACCUUGCCCUCUACAUGAGCUGGAAGCGCCAGCGCGAGUUCGUUGAGCGGUACAUCAAGUUUGCCCGCCACGCCGCCUGGGGCGAUAGCCUCGGCAUCAACAUUCCCGGUGUUGACGGGCAAUCCGCCCCCGCUGCUGCCCCGCCUCCGGGGCAGCAACUGUACGAGGAUGAAGAGGGACGGGCCGUGCCCAUGAACCGCAAGAUGCGCCGGAUGCAGGAACGUGACGCCAAGAAGGAGGCACAGGGUGCUGGACGCAAGGCACGUCGCGGGCGUCCUUCCCCCGCCGCAUCAGGAUCUGCGACUCCCCGGCCGCAGCCCCAGGGUAGCGGGCCUACCGGGUCAAAGAAGCGGGUCGUUGCUGAGAACGGCAAGAUUCUCGUCGUCGACUCCCUCGGUGAUGUAUACCUCGAACAGGAGGAUGAGGAUGGCAACGUGGCUGAGUUCCUGCUUGACCCCGACGAACUUGUCCGCCCCACCUUCAAGGACACUGCUGUCGUUCGCCUCCCACUGUGGAUUUACCGACUGACCCUGGGACGCGUCUUUUCGAAGCGCACCGAGGACGGAGGCGAAGGUGGUGACGAGGUAACGGAGGUCGAAGUCGUGGAUGAUGAUGCGGAUUCAGAGCCUGGCAAGGCCACGCCAAGCAGCGGUUCUGCUGAGGAUUUCGAGCUGCUCGAAAAAUCGGUUGAUGAACUGGGGCAGGCUAAGAGCAGCGGCACCCAGAAACCGGGAGGCAAGGCCAGCAAGCGGAAGAACAAGAGAAAGUGAUCGAGUCAAGGGUUUUUACCCAAUAGCUUCGGGGGUUCGGUGCCUUGAGUGUUGGGAUGCGAGGGUAAUCUGACAACCGCUUGUACAUGCCUAUGAUGUUGGGUCCCAAAAAGGGACGAAUAGACAACCGUAUGUUUUGGAUUUGUAUUUCGCUCAAUGCGGAGAUCAGCUUGGACAAAAAUCUGGCACAUGCCGCUAACGCCGCUAACGUGAGAUUGACGGACAUAAUAAUAAUACACCAUCCAUGCAUCGGAACAAUAUUCGUGGUAUAUCAGAAGUUUCCGCCCAGCCCUGCCAUCGUCCCGAAAUCCCAUUCCAGCCAACGGAGCCCAAACUCCAAACUCCAAGGUCGCUAUCGCGGCAUAGAACCCUGGCUGCCAACUGGCUGAGCAAGGUGUUCCAAAAAAGUAAUCAGGGGGCAAAAUUUGGAAGAAAACAGCCCUCAGUUCACGGCCGCCUCGGCCGUCAGCUUCCGCUCGAUCUCCAACACUCCCGCCAUCCCUUCUCGUAUCUCCCUCACCGCCUGGCCGUGCUCUUCCAAUCUCGUGAACGGUAGCCUAGGCACUGCACAGGACUCCUCUCCCGGGCCGUGGAAGAUGGGCAUGGCGGCCUUGACGCCCACGAAGCCAUACUUGAUGGCCAGCCAGUCGCCCUUGGCGACCUCGUGCUGCAGCUCCCUCGCCUCCUUCACCCGGCCCUGCUCGAAGAGUUCGCCGAUCCUCACGCAGGCCCUCGGGGCGAGAUUCGCGAACCCGCUGAUGGUCCCGUGCGC